AAUAUUCGGAUUUUAGUGUAUGACAUAAACCAACAAAAAAUUAUUAUGUUUACCUUGUUCGAGGCUCCUGAAAAAGCCGCAGGACGCUCCAUGAAGGCGAGCAGCGCAUCAAAACUCGCUGGAGAUCAAAACGUGUGAAAGAUGUCUAGGAAACGAGCCCCAGGCCCCUACAGCUAUGAUGAUGAUGAAGAUUACGUGCCAUCAAAAGGAAUAAAGUAUUCAGAGAGAGAGGAUGUAUUACCUGUCAAAGAAAAGAAACACACCUUGGAUUCUGAUGAGGAAGAUGAUGAUAAUGAUGGUGGCAAUGAUGAGGAUGAGGAGGGACCUGGAGGAAAGAAUUAUGAUGUGCUACGAGAUGAAGACAUUGAUGGUCAAGAAGAAGGUACGGUAGAUUUUGAAGGGGAAACAAAGAUUAUGCCAUUCAACAUGAAGGAGGAAAUGGAAGAAGGCCACUUUGAUGGGGAUGGAUUUUAUCACUUCAAGAAAAAUACAGAGCAGAUCAAGGAUGCAUGGUUAGAUGAUAUAGAUUGGGUCAAGGUAAAGCAUCAAGAAGAAACAGUGAACAAGUAUGGAUCAGAUGUUGAAAGUGAUGGAGGCAGUGAUAAUGAGCUUCCAUCUGGCAAGGGAAUGAGUGAUUCUUUGCAGCAGAACUAUACGGAAAUCAUUGGUCUGUUGCAGCCUGGUGAGACCCUAGCCAAAGCAUUAAAGAGACUAGGUGGCAACAAAAACAAGAAAAUAUCUUCAGCACAAAGGUGGAAGCUUAAGAAAACAGGAAAGCUUGACAAUGAGGGAGGUGAUAAUAAUAUGAAAGAUUUCCUUAGACUGACAGAAUUGGCCAACAAUAUCAUGGAAACAGGCAAUAUGGACAUCUAUCAAGAAACAUAUGAAAUGAUUAACUUAAAGCUGGAAAGAGCAAAAGCACCUGCCCCUGCACCUGCAAUGGACAUGUUUGCAGAUGAUACUGGGCAAAAAGACAGUGAUAAUAAAAAUGGAGAUGCUGAAGAUGACAAAUUCCGAGAAAAGUCAUUAGAAGUCAAGUGGGAGCUACGCUGGGAAGACAAAGAAGAUGCAGAGAUACAUGGCCCCUUCACAAGUGAGAAGAUGUUGCAAUGGCAAGAGUCCGGGUAUUUUAGUAAGGGGGGAUUUGUGCGGAAAACUACGGAUCCUGGCCAGACUUGGUAUUCAACAAGACGUAUCGAUUUUGACCUGUAUGUUUAGCAUUGUUUAAGUAUUUGAAGUUAGACUUAAAAAUUAAAUUUUGUUAUAUUUUUCUCUUUUGAUGGUAAUAGAAAGAUACAGGAUUUGGAAAGUUGACAUAAUCUUUGUCUUAAUGUUCAUGCAAUUACUUAUAAGUAUUCAAAAACUGAAUUAGCAGAUAGAAUCUCUUGAACAUCCAUAAAGCCUUAU